UUAAAACAAAAAAUGGGAGUACGAUUGUCAAAACAGGGGUUUAAGAGACCUGAUACUCCGAGUAUAAGUGAUCUCCACCUUGGUCUGAUAAAUUAUCUGUCAAGAAGUUUUUGCAUACGUAACUUGGUGUCGAAACAAAGAAGGCGAAUGCUUGUUGGCGGUUAUGAUCUUGACAUGACUUAUAUAUCAGACCGAAUUUUAGCAAUGUCAUUUCCUGCAGAACACGUGCGAGCAGUGUUUCGCAACCCUUUGUGGCAGGUUAAGUUAUUGGAUAUGAGACAUGCUGGACAUUACAAGGUGUAUAACUUAUGCAUAGAGCAAGUUUAUGAUGCAUCACAUUUUCAUGGUCGUGUGGAGAGGUAUCCAAUUGAUGACAACCAUGUCCCUUCUCUAGAUAUGAUCAAGGAUUUCUGUGAAGAUGUCUACUCAUGGCUCUCAAGUGACUCCAAGAAUAUUGUUGUGAUACACUGCAUGGCAGGAAAAGGCCGAACAGGAUUAAUGAUUUGUUCGUACCUAGUUUACACUGGCAUGUCAGCUGAGGAUGCUCUGCGAGUGUAUGCAGAGAAACGAACAAUUAACAAUGAAGGAGUAUCCAUUCCAAGCCAACGUAGGUAUGUCAAAUAUUGGGAGAAUGCACUUUCCUAUACAAAGGGUGUUCCUCCAACUGUCAAAUUGCCUCAGUCAUGCAAGAGAGAGCUGCGUCGCAUUAGAUUAUAUGACACUAUAAACAUUGAGUCCAUCUUCUUCGUUCUAUCUGAGUUGCAAAGAGUUCCAGGAGAGAAAUAUCGUCCAUCUGUAGAAGUCUCAAAGAGUAGCUGCAGACGAAUUAAGAGCGGUAUUCAGAGAACUUAUAGCCCUCAAUAUGUUUAUUCAUUUGUUGAGGAAAAUGAAGAUGAGAUGAAACAAGAAAAGAAGGAACCUCGUCUUGUAGUCCAAAUGGACACAGAAAGUUCUAUGCUCUAUCAAAAAACAUGUCUUGAUCAUUUCUAUGACAUACCAGUGCAAAUAUGCGGAGAUGUGCGUAUCAUAUUCUAUGAAAAGCUCAUAGGAGGACGUCUUUUCUAUGCUUGCUUCAAUACUGCUUUUAUUCGGAAUGAUCUACUGCAGUUUUCGAUACGGGAGCUUGAUAAAGUUGGAAAAAAGGGUAGGUCCAUUACUGGUUCUUCCUUCUGCUUGGAGUUGGUUUUUGGUCCAGCGAAUGGAAAUUGUUUGCCAACACCUCCUUUGCACGACGAUGAUCUUAGUGAUUAUUAAUUUCACUUAUAAG